CACACACAGUCCUGCCCCUUCUAAGAGAAACACAAUCAAAACAAAUAAAUAAACCUAAAAUGAUGGACCUGGGGGAGUAUGCCUCAGUGUGAGGCAUGAAUGUGCGUGCCUUUCUCUGACUCGUUUAUUUGUCUUGGCGUGUCUCCCUUCCUGGGCCCCUCCCCCUGACUCAACUACAUUAUUCCCCCGACUUGGAAGCUGCUGCCCUAGCUGACGCUUUGAUGGUAUCUGCAAGCGUUUGUGCUGAUUUUAUUUAUGUCCCUUGAAUAUUAAUUGCGAAGCUGGAAGCAACGCAGCUCCCCAGUGAGGAGACCUACUAGAGGCAGGUGGGGGGAGCCGACACUAGAUCAUAAGCAUAAUAAUAAUACAAAGGGGGAGGGAUUCUUCUGCAACCGAGAGGCUAGAAGCGAGAGGAGGAAAAAAAAGCGAUGAGUUCGCCAAAUAUAUGGAACACAGGAAGCUCAGUCUACUCGACUCCUGUAUUUUCACGGAAAAUGACGACGUGGAUUCUUCUUAUGCUGUCGCUCUACCCAGGCUUCACUAGCCAAAAAUCUGAUGAUGACUAUGAAGAUUAUGCUUCUAACAAAACAUGGGUCUUGACUCCAAAAGUUCCCGAAGGUGAUGUCACCGUCAUCUUAAACAACCUGCUGGAAGGUUAUGACAAUAAACUUCGACCUGAUAUAGGAGUGAAACCAACAUUAAUUCACACAGACAUGUAUGUGAAUAGCAUUGGUCCCGUGAAUGCUAUCAAUAUGGAAUAUACAAUUGAUAUAUUUUUUGCUCAAACAUGGUAUGACAGACGUUUGAAAUUUAACAGCACCAUUAAAGUCCUCCGACUGAAUAGCAAUAUGGUGGGGAAAAUCUGGAUUCCAGACACUUUCUUCAGAAACUCCAAAAAGGCUGAUGCACACUGGAUAACCACUCCUAACAGAAUGCUGAGGAUCUGGAAUGAUGGUCGAGUGCUCUACACCCUAAGGUUGACAAUUGAUGCUGAGUGCCAGUUACAGUUGCACAACUUCCCAAUGGAUGAACACUCCUGCCCCCUGGAGUUUUCCAGUUAUGGCUACCCACGUGAGGAAAUUGUGUAUCAGUGGAAGCGUAGUUCUGUUGAAGUGGGUGACACAAGAUCAUGGAGGCUUUACCAAUUUUCAUUUGUUGGACUGAGAAAUACCACUGAAGUAGUGAAGACAACUUCAGGAGAUUACGUGGUCAUGUCCGUCUACUUUGAUCUGAGCAGAAGAAUGGGGUACUUCACCAUCCAGACCUACAUCCCUUGCACACUCAUUGUUGUCUUGUCAUGGGUAUCUUUCUGGAUCAAUAAGGAUGCUGUUCCAGCCAGAACAUCUUUGGGUAUCACCACUGUCCUGACAAUGACAACCCUCAGCACCAUUGCCCGGAAAUCACUCCCCAAGGUGUCCUAUGUCACAGCCAUGGAUCUCUUUGUGUCUGUUUGCUUCAUCUUUGUCUUCUCUGCUUUGGUGGAGUAUGGCACCCUGCACUAUUUUGUCAGCAAUCGGAAACCAAGCAAGGACAAAGACAAAAAGAAGAAAAAUCCUCUUCUUCGGAUGUUUUCCUUCAAGGCCCCUACCAUUGAUAUCCGCCCAAGAUCAGCAACCAUUCAAAUGAACAAUGCCACACACCUUCAGGAGAGAGAUGAGGAAUAUGGGUAUGAGUGUCUGGACGGCAAGGACUGUGCCAGUUUUUUCUGCUGUUUUGAAGACUGCCGAACAGGAGCUUGGAGACAUGGGAGGAUACAUAUCCGAAUUGCCAAAAUGGACUCAUAUGCCCGAAUCUUCUUCCCCACUGCUUUCUGCUUGUUCAAUCUGGUUUAUUGGGUCUCCUACCUUUACCUGUGAAGAGAUAUGCAUUUUAUUGAUAUGGGUAUUAUUCAGGAAAUCUCAUGGAGAAAAGUUUUUCUUUCUAAGUCCACUUAAAUAAUCCCCUAUAUUAUUGAUAAUGAUCUGAAUUUGUUUCCAUGUCCUAACCUGGUAAAUUGUAUAUUGUCAUAUUGUAUGUGCCCAACUCUCCUUUGGUUAGUGUAAUUUUAACUUUAAUGUUUCCUGUGUUUCAAACCUGCAAGGCAAAGUAAAAUUAGAGCAAGAAUAUUGGAGCCAAACACGAUAUUUUUUAGCUACAGCAAUGGAAAUAGUGAAAGCCCUGACUAUUUAGAAUGGUGAUAUCUUUACAUAAUUCAUAACACAAUUAAAUACAAAAGGUCAAAAACUGUACCCUGUGUUCACGUAGGGUCAUAUUGGUAAAUUUGAUCACAAUAGAAUAUCUUCUACAUUUAAGAAGAAUCAUAAUUCCCUUUAAAGUAAAAAGACUAGACUAGAUAUCUAUUAUACCUUUAUCCCAAGACAAAAAUUUUCCUUCACAUCACAUGUACAAUGAUGUAAAUAUUCAGUAACAUAGAAUGCUUCAAGUUUAAUGCAUGCAUCUCUUAGAGCCAAAAUAAAUGGACUGGAGUUAUAUCAUAAAGUAUUGUCUUUUAUUUUGUGUCUUUGGGCUAUAAAAGAAUCAUGAAUAUAAUGAUAAGGAUUUGGGUUGGAAUUAGAGGGAGGAAUUUCAUUGCCUUCCCCCUCAUGCAUGAAGAUUCAAAUAGUUUAUUGUUUUGGUUUGUAUGACAUAUUACACUUUAAGUAAAAUACAGACUCAAUAAUCUAUUUGCCAACACUGAAUAUGCCCAAUUUCAUAUCUAGAGUUAAAGUAAUUGAAUGUGCUUGCUGCUAUUUUUUCUCCCUUUUAGGAUAAUAGGUCAUUACAGAACUUAUUCUCCAUCUCAAAAUCUGCUUUUUGUGAUUGUGAGUGCCUUGUGGGCAGAAUCCUUGUCAUUUCCUCUUUGGGUCCUCAGCACUUUGCAUAGUGCCUGGUACAUAGUUGGUGCUCAAUAAAUAUGGUUUUAAGUCAACUGCCCCAUAUGCUUCUGAUGAACUCUCUGAGCUGAACUGGAACCAGUGAUUCAUCAUUUCAUAUGCUCACAUUUGAUCUUAUAAAAAUUUACAGUAAGACCCAAAGAAUUUUGGCAAUUUAUGUUCAUUCUCAGAAAAUUAUUUUAGGGCAAGUCCAUGCUCCUUUUAGAGCAGUAUUUGUGUCCUAUAUUUGUGUAUAAAAAUGACUACUAAAGUAUAUUUAGAUUUUAUUUAUUAUUUUUCCAGGUUUACACUAAGUCAGCCCUGACCCAUCCACAACUUCAUUUGUGAAUGCACAGAAAGCAUAAGUAAGAUUCAUACCUAACUCGUGUUCAGAAUGUAAUAGUGUAUGCUCUUUGAAUUCAACAAUGUGCUGAAGGUUAAAUUAAAAACUGAAUGAACACAUGAAUGACUUAUAUGGAGGUCAAGCCCAUUAGAUUAUAUUGUAUUAAAUGAAGUGACUGCAUCAGAUUUCAACCAUGAUGAGUUGAACCCCAUCUUCAUGUACACAUCCUGAAUCUUUAUUUUUCUAAAAUAGUGCCCUUUGCCAGUUAUUUUUCUUUAUGGUAAUCAUUUCUCUAAGUUAGAAUUCAAUCAUAGCAAUUAUAAAUAUAUAGGUAAUUGAAAAAGUAGAAAAGAAGAGAACUACAUAGAUAAUCAAAAAAGAGUAAAAAAAGAAGAGAGUGGUUUUGUUAAUAUAAAAACAUGUAAAGUCAUUAUCAAGUCAUCUGGAUGAAUCUUGAAACAUACUUAGCUGCCAAUUUUAUAAAACUUUCAUAAUCAGUGCUCUAGUAUAUAACCUCAAACAAAUGUAAAUAGACUAUUUUCUUGUUUUGAAUUGUCAAGAUAUUAAAUGUUGAUUCUUUGGGAGAGUUGUUGGCAAAUUUCAAUGGUGAGAAAAUGUUAUUACUGUCAACAGGAAAUGUGUUCUGUAAUGGAGACACUAAAAGCUAGCUUUGCAAUGUGUGCAUAGCAUUGGCAAUAUGAAUAUAUAUUAUAUAUGAUCUAAUUCUUAAUUAUCAACUGCUCCCUGUCUAUGUAUUUGAAAACCUUUUCACAAAGGGAAUUGCCUCACAUGUGGACUUUUACAAUAAAAAUGCUGCAUUCUCAUCUA